CGAAGCAGAGGGGCGUGGUGGAUUCGAACGUUUGGUGGGUGGAACGCGGUGUAGCAAGUUUGCGGAGCCAGCCAGAGCAGGCGUGGAUCGGGCAUAGGAGGCGACGCUGUUCAAGGGGCACGUUGGUUGGUGCUCCUCCUCUCUUCCCUGGUAACGCUGAUUGCUUGCGGGUCCUUCCCUCUCGGAUGUUUUCGGCUGCUGCUUUGCAGACUACAGCGUCCUUGAGCUUCCACUGUCAGGGGUCAGCCUAGUCUCAAAGCUGCUGGAGUGAGUGGUUGCUUGACCAAGAAGAGGUGUGCCAAGUCGAGAUUCAUGAGUCACCUCACAAUCCAGUCCCUCCGCGAGGUGAUGAAAGCCGUUCUGGAGUCGCCCUGCUUUGAUAGGGUGUUAAAUAAGAUGACGGUUCUUUCUGCCAGCCCUGGGAAAGUUAUCUGUGAGCUGAAGGUGGAAGAAGAGCACACAAACAGAGGAGGAACUCUGCACGGAGGCCUCACGGCCACUCUGGUGGAUGUUGUUUCAACAGCGGCUUUACUGUACAGUGAAAGAGGAGCACCUGGAGUCAGUGUGGAUAUGAACAUUACGUAUAUGUCAGCAGCUAAGAUGGGAGAGGAAAUCCUGAUCACUGCUGAGAUUCUGAAGCAAGGAAGAACUUUGGCAUUUGCCAAUGUGGAUUUAACAAACAAGGCAACAGGAAAACUGAUAGCCCAAGGGAGGCAUACAAAAUACCUAGGAUAAUAAUGGAAAGAACUUAUCACUUUAUUUUUUUUUUAAAGCUUAGAGCACUAGAAGAGAAAAACAGUACAGGUUCUAAAAUAACACCAUGAAGUCAAAACACUAGAGGUAAAAUGUCACCAGUCCAAAUUGUGUUUAAUGUCCUGUCUAAACUCAAUUGGUGGACCCCAAUUCAGUGUGAUUACUAUUUGUAUGUAUGUUGUUGUAAGCCACUUCAGAAGUGAACAGAAUGGGAAUUGGGUUAUAAAUGUAAGAGUUCAGUCUUCACUUUAAAAAAGGCUUAUUGUUGAAUCCUGAAACACUUAAAGAUUGGGGAGAAGGGUACAAAGAACAGUUGGGUGGAACCUUCUUAUUUGAACUUAUGCAAGUUCUACAAUCUGAAACUUGGAGAUCCUUUGUGGGAGAAUUUUUAUACUGCUACCUAUUCUUCAGAGUCUGCAGCUGAUGCAGAUGACUUCCAUAUUGCUUCAUUCUGAAAAAGUGCUAGGAGCCCUGGAAUUGCUGUGCUCUGUACAUUGAAUCCAGUAUUGAAUGGAUGCCAGACUAAUUAAACUUAAACUUGUUCAUCCAUUAAUUUCUGGGUUAUUGAAUGGUAUUGAUUAUUCACUUAAGGUCAAGCAGGAAUGUUUUGCUAAAGGAAGUUCAGUGUGCUGAGAAUUCAGUUGAAAAUACAGUUUGGUUUUGUAAAACUUU